AUGCCAGCCUUGGAGAAGACACCGUCCAACCACCACCCUCACUACCUCACAACCCACAUGGGCGACCCCUGCACGCUAGGCAGCCUGGACCACCAGCUCACCUGCAACCACAAGAUCAUCACCGCCGCACCAGAACCCUGCGCCAGCAACUGCCACCUCUCAACCUCCCCCUGCAUCAACCCACGCAGCAUCGACAAGCCCUUCACCUGCAUGGCCUGCCUGACGGAACGCAUCAAGCACGAGCGCGAGGAGAAGGUGCGGUCUUUCAGGGCUGAGCUGGAGGCUGUGGCGAAGGUGUUGAAGAAGGGGGAUGGGAUGGAGUGGAUUCGGCGGAAGAUUGAGCUUGUGCAGUUUGCGUGGAGGGAGGUGGAGAUUGAUCGGUUGGUGGAGGGGAUUGCUGCUGGGAGGUUCUGUCAUGCUUUGUAUGUUGAUGAGAGUUGUUGGGAGAUGAGUGAGGUUGCGGUCUAUCAGUUCCAGAGGUCGAUGGGGCCUAUUUCUGCUGGGAGUAAAAGAUACUUGGAUGCGGGUAUGUCGGGUAUUGGACAGGGCGAGGGGACUGUCGCGAGAUUGAUGCAGAACGAGACUGUGGCGAAGUUGGUGCAGGAGGAGGCCCCGACACCAUUCCCCGCAAGGCCACGGACACUGUUUCCUGUGCGGAUCCGCUCUCGAUUGCCCAUCAUCAGCAAGCGCCCUUAA